CGGGCGGGCGGGGCGGCGGCGGCGCUUCCUGGAGCGGCGGGGCAUGGCGCUGGUGACCGUGCGGCGGGAGGCGGAGGAAGAUGCCCCCCGGCGUGGCCGACUGCAGCGGCGGCAGAGCUUCGUGCUGGUGCGGGGGGCGGCCCUGCUGCUGCCCGGCGAGGAGGCGCUGCCGGCAGAGCCCCCCGCCCCGGCCCCCGCGCAUGCACUGCACCUGCAGCUGAUGAUGCAGCUCCUGCGGCCCCAGGACGCCAUCCGGCUGGCGGUGCGGCUGGAGUCGGCGCGGCCACGGCGGGUUCGGUACCUGCUGGUGGUGCGGCCCGAGGAGCCGGGAGCUGAAGGGCAGACGGCGCUGCUGGGUGUGGAUUUUGCCCACGAGGGGGCCACCCGCUGCACCCUGGGCAUGGUGCUGCCCCUCUGGAGCGACACCCAGGUCUUCCUCGAUGGCGAUGGAGGGUUCAGUGUGACGUCAGGUGGGGAGACCCGCAUCUUCAAACCCAUCUCUGUCCAGACCAUGUGGGCCGUGCUGCAGGAGCUGCAUCGCGCCUGCGAGGAGGCCUCGCGUGGUGGCCACAUCCCGGGCGGCCCCGCACUGGGCUGGGCCUGUGCCUACGCGGCCGCCCUGGACUCAGAGCAGAGCUGCCUCAACGAGUGGCUCGCCAUGGCGGGGCUGGAGUCUGUGCGCCCCACGUCACCCCUGGGACCAGCGGCAUCGGAGCUGUCGGAGCAAACGGUGCGGGCGCUGCUGCGGGAGGUGAUGGCCAGCGCUGACCUGGAGAGUGUCACAUCCAAGGAGGUGCGAGAGGAGCUGGAACGGCGCAUGGGGCACAGCUUGGCCCAGCACAAAGACUUCAUCGACAAUGAAAUGCUGCUGGUGUUGGCACAGAUGGACCGUCCUUCUCGCAUCUUCCCACACCUCUAUCUGGGCUCCGAGUGGAAUGCAGCCAACCUGGAGGAGCUGCAGCAGAACCGGGUCACCCACAUCCUGAACGUGGCACGGGAGAUCGACAACUUCUUCCCGGCGCUCUUCACCUACAUGAACGUGCGGGUCUACGACGAGGAGACAGCCCAGCUCCUGCCCCACUGGAAUGACACCUUCCUCUUCCUCUCCCGUGUCCGGGCCAGUGGCGGUCGGGCACUGGUGCACUGCCGCAUGGGGCUGAGCCGCUCGGCCGCCACGGUGCUGGCGUAUGCCAUGAAGGAGUUCGGGUGGCCCCUGGAGCAGGCGCUGCGGCACGUGCGCCACUGCCGCCCUGGCGUCCUGCCCAACCCUGGCUUCAUGCGCCAGCUCGACUUCUACCAGGGCAUCCUCAGCGCCAGCCGGCACAGCAGCCUCUGGGAGCCCAAGGUGUUGGAGCAGCCGCCCCAGCCGGACAAGGAGAAUAUAGAGGUGGCCCCAGGGGACGUGGGUGCCCCAUCCCCGCAGUCCCCUAAGGAGGCCACCUCGCCAGGGCUGUUGGGAGCCACCCGUCGCCCUCGCAUCUCCCUCUGCGCCGUCAUGCGGAGCAUCAGCCAGAUGGAGUCCCCUCAGGUCCCUGAGCUGCCCGGGGACCCCCUCGACGGGGAGGUGUUCGAGGCUGUGGAGGCUCUGGGAGGUCCAACCAGUGGUGCCAACCACCCCGGAGGUCGGCCAUCAUCCCGGCCUCGCCGUGUUGUCCGCCAAGCCAGCCUGGAUGGUGGCCCAAACCCCACCUGUGACCCCCAGCCCAGUGCUGACCCCAUCUUCCCCUCCACCCCAUCCCCUGACCCUUAACUGGGAGGGGAUGAGGCAGAGCACCCCCAGCCCCACAGGAAGGAGCGAAGCCUACACCUGCUGGAGGCAUCACCCCCCCCGGCUGCUGCACUUCGGGGGAUGGAGGUGGCUCUGCCUCAUCCCCCCCACGCACAGGGCCCCACUGCCACACCGCACCACGCUGGCACAAAGAAUAAAGAGUGGCAAGGACUUGGUGCUGGAAGAGGAGAAGCUUGAUGUGAGCCAGCAAUGCGUGCUCCCAGCCCACAACCCACUCGUGUCCUGGGCUGCAUCCAGAGCAGUGGGACCAGCAGGGAGGGAGGGGAUUCUGCCCCUCUGCUCCACUCUGUGAGACCCACCUGGAGCCCUGCGUCCAGUUCUGGAGUCCUCAGCACAGGGAGGACAUGGAGCUGUUGGAGCGAGUGCAGAGGAGGCCACAGAGGUGAUCCAAGGGCUGGAGCAGCCUCCUGUCCAAGGCCAGGCUGGGAGAGUUGGGGUUAUUCAUCCUGGAGAAGAGAAGGCUGCGGGGAGACCUUAGAGCAGUUUCCAGGACUGAAAGGGGCUCCAAGAAAGCUGAGGAGGGGCUUUUUCCAAGGGCCUGGAGUGAUAGGAUGAGGGGGAAUGGUUUUAAAUGGGAAGGCGGAAGAUUUAUAUGAGACUUUAGGAAGAAUUUCUUCACAAUGAGGGUGGGGAGGCCCUGUCCCAGGUUGCCCAGAGCAGUGGUGGCUGCCCCAUCCCUGGAGGUGUUGAAAGCCAGGUUGGAUUGGGCUUGGAGCCCCUGAUCCAGCGGGAGGUGUGCCUGGGGUUGGAACUGGUUGGCUUUGAGGUCCCUUCCAGUCCACCCUGUUCUAUGAAAUGUGUGCCCCUGGUGUGAGCCCUGCCUGGAGGCGGAGGGCACAAGCGUGGGGCCUCCUGCGAGGCUCAGCCCCGCUGCAGGCACGGGGUCGGUGCUCUUCUCGCCACCAGUAGGGCCCAGAGUGAACGCCUGGGCCACGGGUGCGGGAAGCGCCAUCUUGUCGGCGGCCGGGGCAGAGUGCAAACUACGGCUCCCGGCGUGCCUUGCGCGAGGGGCGGGGGUGUGCGCAAGCGCACCGAUGUCCGUGCUGGGCGCAGGCUUCAACUAGAGGGCUAGGGCGCAGUGUGGGGCAGGGGAAAGGAACCAGGGACCGGG